AUGGCUGAUACUUCAUCUAUGACUGGGGAUGACCUUGUUGGUCAACUCCAGCAAUGGUGUAUAGACCAGGCGGCCAAGUCCGCGUACGACCUGAAGAUGCUGGAAAGCAGGACGGAAGUGAAACUGAAAGACCUGGAGGGGAGGAUGAAUAACCUGUCGCUAAAUAUAGCGACACAGGUUGCAACGGAUGUUAACAUCAGACUAGAGAAUUGUAUGAAACAAACCAAAUUGGACAUUAAAGAUUUCAAGGGCGAAAUUUAUGAAGAGAUCAAGACGGCUGUAAACGAAUCGAUGAGGAAGUGCUUCCUGAGAGCAGCAAACGCGGGGAUGGCAGUGGAUGACGAGCAGCCCUCCAGGCUGUUUCCGUGUGAGAGCACACCCAUGUGCCCCAACUCCACGCCACUGCCAGAGUGUUCCCUGGAACAACAAGCCGAGCCUCCAAGGCAAACAAGGUUUGUACAGUCACUUGAGGACCUGUCAACAGAAUGGAGCGAGACCUUGUCACCCUUCUGGCCGAAGCAACAUCCAAAAGGAGAAAGGCUCAAUCGUGUUCAAGUGGCAUUUUUGAACUACAUGAUCACAAAGAAAGACCUAAAAG